AUGCUAUUCCCAGCGUAUGUCAAGUCCAUUGUCAAGUACAAAAGCCCACAUGCGCAAGAUUUAUCCUUUGCAAAAGGAGAGACUAUUUGUGUGACGGGCUAUGCGGAUCGUGGUACGGAGGACGAGGAGGAAGAUGAAGAUGAUCGUUGGUACAUGGGCCAUGCCUUAGACCAAUCACGCCAGGGUCAAUUUCCUGCGAGUUUGGUUGUGCCUACAGACCCACCAGCGGUGAAAGAGGCGCAAGAAGUAUCACCAGCGGAACCGGAAACCCCAGACAAGAUGACGAGCGAGCCUACUACCACAGACGGCGGUAGCGCCGCAGCAGGGGCUGCGCCUGCUGCGAUGGUCGGCGGGCUGGCCGCUGGUACGGCAACCGCUGCACCAAGUGUUACGAAGCAGGAUCAUUUUGUUGAGGAGGGCGAGUCUAGGGAAAAGACGAUGGAAGCGGCUUCCGUCCAAGACAGACCGACCCCCCCGAUGCCCACGUCGACAUCCACAGCGCCGAACCGGGAACCAACGCCUGAAGAGAAUAUCCAAACAGACGCACCUAUGACGCCGUCCAAUGGCUUGGAAAAAGUCUCGGCAUCGAGCACAGAAGCGCCUCAGACACACCCUGCUAUGGCUGAGACGGAAGAAAAAACCGCGAUUCUUCCGGCCAGUACAGAAGAUAGCAGUGUGGCUCCUGCGCCUGUGCCUGUUCCCACUACAGCCUCUACCUCUACUCCGUCUACAACCUCAGAGUCCGAGAUUGAUCCAAGCCGCCUAUCCCUUCGUGAUCGUAUUGCGGCAUUUAACAAACCCGUGGAGAAAAAGCCGCCGCCACCGAUUCCACGCGGCAAACCUGGGGGAUGGAAACGCCCUCCGCCCGCAGAAGGGUCCGAAAAACCCUUGCUGCCAAGUGACCCACCGCCUGCUAUAGCUGCAACGCGGUCCAGUGUGCCUCCAGCCAAGCCGGUGGCGACCUCAGACCAUGUGGACUCCAGUGCCGAGACGGCUACAUCGUCGUUCAGCGCCUCUGAUGCGAAAAGUAGUAUCAAGAUGAGCCUGAAGGAACGCAUGGCGGCGCUGCAGCGCAAAGAAGCCGAGCCCAAAGUAUCAGAACCUCCUGUGGUUGAACGAUCUGUGCCUGCCAGUGAUGUCAAAGCAGCAAUAACAGAGCCAGCUCAAGAAGGUAGCGAGCUUGUGAGUCCUGACGAAGCCGAGCGUCGCGCCUCUAUCGCACGUCGUAUGGCCGCACUUGGUGGACGUCGUAUGGAUGCAGGUCUCUUUGCCCCGCCACCGCCUGUGGUUGCCUCCAAGCCGGAACCAGCAACAGAAGAGGCCUCCGAAGAAAGCACGCUGCCAAACGUGACAGAGGCAGAACCGGCGGCACCUGCUAUGACCGCUGAGACCGACUCAAUGGCGCCUCAACCUCUGGCUGUACCACGCCGUACUGCAGCCCCACGAACACGACGUGCAAAGACGUCAGAGUCUGUCCCAUCCCCUCCCGCCGAAGCGCAGCCUGUGCUGAAUGAGCCUGUCUCUGACGGGACAGCCGUGCUGGAAGAAUCGGGUGAAGCAUUGCCAGAGACAGACAAGAACGUACCUCCGCCAGCAACGGAGAUAGCGCCCGCUGGGCAGAAGGACACGUUGACGGAGCAAGCGCCGCCCAUGGAUGCUCCUUUUGCAGCCGUGGAUGAGCCGGCGAUAGACACUGAAGCUCCGAGGGAGCCAUCGAUACCAGCCUCGUCUUCUCGGCCUGUUUUGCUACACGACCUGGCUGCACCUCUGCCACAAAAAGAAGGAACGAUGACGUUGCACAACAUGACUAGUAUGAAAGAAGCGCUACCAACGGCUGAGCCUGUGACAACAACAGCCAUGCCAACAACGACAACCCCCACGGAAAUGAGUCCAUCGACGGCGCCAACGUCCGUGCCUCUUCUUCCGUCUGUGGUGCCAGAUGCGACGAUGAUCGCAACACUACCGCCUGCAAUGUCAACACAGCCCGUGGAAGCGCCAGCGGACUUUGAAGAACAGCGCCACAUGCUAGAAAACCUACUUCAAAGCCCAGAGGCAACGUCCGCCCCAACAGCCUUGCCGGUGGAGAAGACGCCCCAAGACCUGUCCGCCUCUGAGUCCGUGGUGCCGUCCACAGACUCAGAGCAGGAGAGACGUGACUCUAUUACGCAGCGCUUGCAGCGCAUGGGAGGUCAGCGCAUAGCCGGUAUGAGCCCAGCCCCCGUCAUGGGCAUGCCGAUGCCCGUACGCAAAGCCACUCAAGAAUCCACAGGGGAGACACAAGACUCGCUGUCUCCUACGGCUAUGACAAGCCCAGUCGAAGCGCCUGUACAUGGCGAGGCGUUGCCGCCCCGUCCUAUGCGUCGGGCGCCUACUUUGCCACCUAUGAACACGGACAUAGACACGGCAACGCAGGACGAGGCAGCUCCUGUCCUCUCCCCAGAAGCACCCAGGCCAAUGCAAGCGGAGAUCAUGGUGGAUACAUCCAUGUUACCUCCGAAUGCGACCACAUCCACAUCACCGAGCGAGACAAGCCCUGCGCAAGCCCGGCCUAUGCGGGCACCACCGCGUGUCCCCCCUCCGCCCCCACCAACAGUGCCGGACAAUUUAGGGAACGAUAUUCCCUUCAAGCCGCGUGCGCCGAACCUCAAUGGCUAUACCAUAACCAAAGCACUUCGUGCUUCUCUGCAGCAAAAUUUCGGCGAUGCUGCGUCUGGCGCGUAUGCUGGGCCGCUAGCGUGCAAAUACUACUCUCCCAAAUCGGGGCUUGGUAUAGUGCGAUGUGCGCGUGACGCGGCUCGCUAUGUAUGGGGUGCCGCUACGCUUCUCCAAACUAUCGAUGGACAGCGUGUCAGUAUAUACGUGCGAGCUUGUGGUGGUACCAUUAAAAAGGUGCAAAAUAAGGCCAUCUCUAUCGAUAAAAGCUACAUCCUCAAGAUUGAGCAAGCUAAGCAGAGCAAACAAGGCGUACCCAUUCCCAUGGCAGCACAUACCGAGGUUCUCGAGAUACCUACUGACUUUGAAGCUAUGGACGAAGAUAUGGGAACUAUUGUCGAUGAAGAAGAUAUCGGCGCGCCGAUGGAUAAUCAUCAGAGCUUGGUUUCCCUCAAGGCUGCACCACAAAGCGAAAACGAUGAUGAUCCUCUUUCGACAAAGGAAGAUAUAAAUUUGCCUCAAAACGUACUUGAAUAUCUCAAAAAGAGCAAAGAAGAGAUUCUGAGCAUCGCACAAUCCUAA